GAAGGAUAGUGUAGGGAAAGAGAUGGGGGUGGCACCAAGACCGCCACACCCAGUAGCCUAAAGCCAGAAACUACCCCAGAGAGGAGGGAGAGAGACCUGAGGGAGGGCCUGGAUUCUAGGGUUCUGAGGAGCUAGCCCCUAUCCUAGAAGAGGGCCAGAGCCUGGGAAGGUGAAGAGGAGAAUCUGGAUGAGACUCAGAGAGCCCAGAGCCGGGGAUGUGGGGCUACCUGUCCCUUCUGCCUGCCUUCCUGGCCAUCUGGGCUGUUGCUGGCAUCUGGACUGUUUUUGCAUUGGCAGUGGCUAACAAAUCUGUGAACCUCAACGAAGGCUUCCCCUACAUCAGCAUCUGUGGAUCUUACCCCCCUCAGAGCUGCCUCUUCAGCCAGGUGCUCAAUAUGGGAGCUGCAUUGGCCGCCUGGAUCUGCAUUCUCCGUUACCACCAGCUCCAGGACUGGGGAGUCACAAGGAGGUUUAACCAGCUGAUCCUUUGGACGGGGCUCCUCAGUGCCUUGGGCACUUCGAUGGUUGGCAAUUUCCAGCAAAAGAACCAGAAGCCCACCCAUCUCACAGGUGCUUUCCUUGCCUUCUUCGUGGGCAUCCUCUAUUUCUGGCUGCAGCUCCUUCUUUUCUGGAGGAAGAAGAACCUGCCCCAGCCUGGGUCCCCCUGGAUCGGGCCGCUCCGCUUGGGCCUCUGCACCAUCUGCACCAUCCUCAUGGUAGACAGAAGAAGAGACACAGACACACAGGAAGAAGGAUAUGUGAAGACGGAGGCAGAGAUUGGAGUGAUGCGUCUGCAAGCCAACGAUUGCCAACAAUAACAGAAGCUAAGAGGGAAACACGGAACAGAUUCUCCCUACAACCCUCAGAGGGAACAUGGCCCUGCUGACACCCUAAGUUUGGACUUCCAGCCUCUAGAACUGGGAGAGAAUAAAUUUCUAUUGCUGUACGCCACCCAGUUUGUGGUAUGUUGUUAUGGCAGCCCUAGGGGAUUCAUAUAGAACCCACAAGUGGGCCUGCCUGGCUUCCCCUAGCAGAAACCUCGCCCUAAAGCAAAACCCUGGAGGACCUGGUCAUGGAGAGGCAGUACUCCCGGAAGCAUUCCUGCACGCACAGGACAGGAGAGAGAGACGCUGCCCACAGCCACUGCCACCCACCUGCUAGGGCCUGCACGGAGGGCUGGUCGUGAGUGCUUAGCAGCUGUGCCUGGAUGGUCUCCACCACACGCUUGAAACGACGGCUGGGACCUGCAGGGUGAGAGGGCAGGGAGACAGGCUGAUUGGGGGAUGGCGGCAGGAAGACUCCUCCCACCUGUGGAACUGAGACCAUCUAAGAAGCCAGUGACUUUCCUCUUCCGGGUCCCAAUGUUCCCCUGUGUUGGGGAAGGGACAAAUCCAGGGCUUAUAAAUGGGACUCUAUGUUGCUAUUUUUGGAACACCAUCACAGGUUGAUAACAUGUGUCCCCAAAAGAUAUGUUGAUGUCCUAACCCCUGGUACCUGUGAAUAUGACCUCUUUUUGGAAAGAGGGUCUUUGCAGAUAUAGUUAGUUAACAUGAGGUCAUAAUGGAGUAGGUUAGAUCCUAAUCCAGUAUGACUGGUGUGCUCGUAAGAAGAGGGCAGGCACAGACACACAUGGAGGGAAGGUGGCCCUGAGAAAACAGAUGCAGACAUUGGAAUGAUGCUGCCACAGGCCAAGUGUUACGGAUUGACUUGUGUCCCCUCAAAAUAUGUGUUGUAAAUCCUUACCCCUAUACCUGUGGGUAUAAUCCCAUUUGGGAAUGGGGCUUCCUUGUUGCAUUAGUAAAACAGUAUAAGGUGUGUCUUAAAUCAAUCUCUUUUGAGAUAUAAAAGAGCAGAUUAAGCAAGCAAGCACAAAUGGAGGGGAAGAUAUAUACCACAGGAUUGCCAAAGAAUCUUGCAAUAGAAGCUGAAAAGAGACAAGGACCUUCCUCCACAGCAGACAGAGAAAAACCCUUCCUCUAGAGCUGGUGCCCUGUGUUCGGACUUCCAGCCUCCUAAACUGUGAGAAAAUAAAUUUCUGCUCAUUAAAGCCACUCAUUGUGGUGUUUCUGUUAUAGCAGCACUAGAUAACUAAGAUACCAAGGAACACCUGGGGCUACCAGCAGCUGGGAGAAGCAAGGAAGGAUUUUCUCCUAGAGCCUUCCAAGAGACCAUGGCCCUGUCAGCACUGUGAAUUUGGACUUCUGGCUUCCAGAACUAUGAGAGAAUAAAUUUCUGUUGUUCUAAACCACCCAUACUUGGUUAUGACAGCCACAGAAAUCUAAUAAAACCAUCAAACUCUGAUAGGUUCAACUUAAAAUAAAAAUACAUGUCAUUUUGCAUGUAAACAGAUACUAUUCCUUUUUAGUUUCUGGGUUAGACCAUGAUCCAACCAAACAAACUAAACCCACUGCUGUCGAGUUGGUUCUGACUCACAGCCACCCUAUAGGACAGAGUAGAACUGCCCCAUUGAGGUUCUCCCAUGGAGCUGCCAGUGGCUUCAAAUUGCCGACCUUUCGUUUAGCAGCCAAGUGGUUAACCACUGUGCCACCAGGGCUCCUUUAGACCAUGUUGAGUUAAAAAUAUAAGAAAAAUUGAUGCAAGAAAAAAAAAACUUAAAAUUGAGAAAGUUGGGCAUCUUCGUCUUUAAAGGGGAGAAAAAAAAAAAAGACAAUUUAUUGUGGUGAUGUAACAGCCCGGGGUCCACUGCCUUCUGGUUUAGAAACACUUGGAGCAAGUAUAUCUUCCAGCUGUGACAUAUUAAGAUCAGUAACAAGGAUAGCAAACAGAAGUAUCCCUAAUUAUCCAAACUCUCGCUAUCAGGAACCAAGUAAAAUUGAAAACAAGGUGUUUCUGUGGUUUUCAUCGCUUGUGCCAACUCUUGAUUGGCUGUGGCUCCCUGGAGUUAGUGUCUGAGGCUACAGCUGAGCUCAGUGGAAAAAGUGCUGGAAUCGAUUGGUGGUGUCUGCUCUGGGUGCCUGAAUGAGAUUUUACAGCUCUGUGCCAUGUCUUUUCCGUCCCAAUCUUAAAGUAGUAGGAAGAGCUCUGGGCUGAGAUUCAGAAGGCAUAGAUUGAGCCCCUGCUCUGCUACAGUUUGCAGUGUGACUCUGUUCUAGCCAAUUUGCCUCUCUAGGGCCCAGUUUUCCCCUCUGUAAAAAAGGGUGAUUACACUGUGAAACUUAAAAGAAAAAAUGCACGCCAAACACUUGGCACAUCAUAAAUACCCGUUAAAUGCUGGUGAGAGAAGGGGGAAGAAAUUCCUUAAACAGUGCUUAAGAAGGUGUUAUGAAUUGAACUGUGUCCCCAAAAAACAUGUAAAUCCUAAGCCCUAUACCUGUGGUUAUAAAACCAUCUGGGAAUGGGGCUGCUUUGUUAUAUUAAUGAGAUAGUAUUAGUAUAGGAUGUGUCUUAAGUCAAUCUUUUUUGAGAUAUAAAAGAGCAGAUUAAGCAAGCAAGCAAGCACAAAUGGAAGGGGAGAUAUAUACCACAGGAUUGCCAAAGAAUCUAGCAACAGAAGCUGAAAAGAGACAAGGACCUUCCCCCAGAGCAGACAGAGAAAAACCCUUUCCCUAGAGCCAAUGCCCUGUACUCGGACUGCUAGCCUCCUAAUUGAGAAAGCAAAUUACUGUCUGUUAAAGCUACCCACUUGUACUACUUGUUUUAGCAGCACUAGGUAACUAAGACAGUCCCCAACACUGGGUAGAGGCAAUCUAGUCAAGGAAGACUCACCAGAGAUGAGCGUGAAGGUGACGGAGUAGAUGCAACCACCACCACUGCCAUCCCGCCUAGGGGAAGGCUCUGGACCCUCAGAGGAGCUGAUGUCCACCUGGAAGCGGACAGGCUUCUGGAAGACGGAAGGGCCGCCAC